AUGGCAAUCGGUUUAAUAAUAAAAAUAAAUUUAAGAAAUUUUAAUUUUCCAAAUAAUAAUAGAUAUUUAGGACACUCUAACAACUCAGGACAGACUAGAUUUAAUCGUAGCAAUAACAACAACCAUGCUAAUAAUUACAAUAAUAAUAAUAAUAGUUUCAAUAAUUCUGGACGAACAAGAUUCAAUAAUAAUUAUAGAGCUAAUCACCAGGAACCGAUGGAAGUGGAUCAUAUUCAGGGUGAGAUCAUAAUAAACUUCCUAGAUAUAAGAGAACUAUAUAUGUCAAUAAAGAAAAAAAAAACAAAUUUGCCUUUAGAGUUUAAUGAAGAUGCAGAAAUGAUCUGGAAACUAGUUAAAUUUGACAAUAAGGAUUUUCAUGGCAUAAUAGAUUACAAUAGUAUAAGUAACAAUGACUUUGAAAAUUUGACGAAAUCUCUAAACUCUGAAGAAAAGACUCAUUUAAAUAAAUUACAUAAAUAA